AUGGAGGAUCGUGGACGGAGGCGGAUCGCAGCAGAAACUGGCCACCCGAUCAAGCGACAGGUCCCCACGGCUGUUGAAUACCGAACACACCAGCAGGAGAGUGGCAUGGUUUGGCCAGGUGUUGUCGGUGGCCUAUAUAGGUGCGUAUUCCUGAAGGACUUUCUCCAUGAUGGCAUUUUUCCCGAUUUGGUACGGUCGUUUGCCACUCCCAAAGAGUGGCCCGGCAAUCCGAUGGCUUCGAUCAGACGGGCUAUUGCGGCGCUCGGCAGCCCACGGUUGUACGUUGUGGACCCUAAGAUCCGGAGUGACCUUGAACGAUUGCGAGAUCUUUACUUUGGUGACGAAUUCCAGAGCCCUGUAGAUGCCCGUCUUCGCGACAUAUAUAAACUGGACGCUAAACUAGCCAACAAGCAGCAUUUAGAAGAGCAAGAUGAUUUAGGAAUCAACCUCGACCGGAACCGCCACCCAAACCCUAAUGUCCAUUACCACCGCGCCGAUCUAUCCUCCGCAGCAGACGUAGAACGGGCAAUGCAAAUCGCACGCCCAGUAACAAUCUUCCACACAACAUCCCCCGAGUUUUCCGACGUCCCCGAGUCAGCCUACACACGGAUCAUCGUCAACGGAACACAACACCUUCUCAACUCCUCCGCCAAAUCGGAACCAAGAGAUGCCAUUUCUCCGACCCCCAAAACAGAAACGCGCGUAUACUGCCUCGCCAAGGCAGACGCAGAGGAAGCCAUCCAAGCCGCGAAUCGCAACGGUGGUUGCGAUGACCACGCUAUCCUAACCUGUGCACUGCGUCCCUGUCUCACGUUCGGUGAGCACGAUGUCAGCGCCCUGGGCAGGAUGGUUGCCGCUGCGCGACGGGGUCGCUUGCGGUUCCAGAUGGGGAAUGGCCAGAACCCGUACGACUUCAUGUACGUUGGUAAUCUGGCCGAUGCGUAUUUGCUGGCGGCACAUGCGUUGCUUAAUGCGUGGGGAAGGCUACGGCAUACUGACCUGUCCGUUUGGGUGGAUGGCGAGGUUUUCAAUAUCUCGAAUGAUGAUCCCUGGCUUUUUUGGGAUUUUCAGAGUGCCGUAUCAGCCUUAACUAGGAACCCUAUCCGGCCGGAGGAUAUUGUGGUUAUUCCGAAAUGGGUCGGACUGGUCAUAGGAUUUUUGGGAGAGUGGGUGGUCUGGGCUACCUCUGGUCGUACUAGGACGGCUGAUAUGACUCGUGAGGGUAUCCGCUUUAGUACCCUCAUCCGUACGCUUGAUAUCAGUAAGGCCAAGCGGGUACUGGGGUACUGUCCUGCGGUUGGGGUGUAG